AUGACGCAAUGGAUGCCCAUCACUUUCCUGUCGGAUGGGUUGCAAGUCAUCCCAGCUGAAGGCUCUGUGCACGAGCCAAGCAUGACACCCAUCCGCGAUCCUUCCGCUAUUCAUUCGCAGUUGCAUCGCAAAAGUAGUGUCCAAAAUGAGACGGCAAAUCCCUCCGAAUCGUGGCAACAUGGCAGUCUGGGGAAACGGACCUCCAUUGCCGCCAUCUCGUCGUUGGUUCGCGACUCCGUGACAUGGGCGGGAGAGGCGCUUAGCGCUUAUCGUGAUGGAUCCUCCAAGGAGGAACGGGAGAGGAAAUUGCGACUGGAGGAGCGAAAGCAGAUCCUGUACCUGAAGAUGCGCAAUGCCAUGUCCUUUGAUGAGUGGCGGAGCUGCGCGUGCGAGCUGGACGAACUCGAAGGGAACAAUGCCUGGAAGCAGACGUUUGAAUCGGACGAAUACAACCCGCGGCUUGUCUGGGAACGCAUGAAGCAGCUGGAGGAGGCACGGAUCAGCUGUGAUAUAAGCAGGAUGGUGUUUCUAGUCCGCACGGCAUUGAGUCGCGACCUUGGCGGCAUGUGUAACGCCAGUCUCUACCGGCAUGCACAUGUGGGUACGAAGAAUUUGAUCGAUCAAUACAUUACCACUGCACUCGACACAAUCUCGACCCUCGUGGAUCUGUCCGGUAGCGACCGCUGCGACCUGUCGGAGAUGCGGUAUAUUCUCGACCAACUCCUGACGGCUCGUCAAGCCUUUGGCCGAAGUGCUCUGCUACUGUCUGGUGGUGCCACGUACGGCAUGUGCCAUAUUGGCGUGCUUAAGGCGCUUUGUGAGGCCGGACUCGUGCCCCGCGUGGUGUCCGGGGCGUCAGCAGGUAGCAUCGUAGCCGCUGUAUUCUGCACCCAUACCUACGAUGAGCUCCCGGCCAUCUUGGAUCGCUUUGCUUAUGGUGACCUUGCCGUCUUCGAGCCGGAAGGACAGCAGGAAUCCGCAUUGCAGAAAGUAGCAAGGUUGCUCAAGUAUGGGUCAUUCUAUGAAAUUCGCCAUCUGGAACGAGUGAUGCGAAACUGGCUGGGGGAUAUGACCUUUCAGGAGGCUUACAACCGGACCAGAAAGGUCCUGAAUAUAUGUAUCUCCAGCGCUGGUCCUUACGAACUUCCCAGGCUGCUAAACUAUAUCACCGCGCCUAAUGUGCUCAUCUGGUCUGCAGUCGCCGUUUCUUGUUCUGUGCCGGUCGUGUUUUCCCCGUCUGUUCUCAUGGCAAAGGAUCCGUUAACUGGAGAAGCGGUCCCUUGGCACGACGAUCGCCGCCAGUGGAUUGAUGGCUCCGUCGACGGCGAUGUGCCAAUGACCCGCCUGGCGGAGAUGUUUAACGUAAACCAUUUCAUUGUAUCCCAAGUGAAUCCGCAUGUUGUGCCUUUCCUUGCGAAAGACGAUGGUCCUGGCAGCGAUUCGAGUCGACGGCCGUGGUUAGCUACAUUGACAAGCCUGGCAAAGGAAGAAGCCCUCCACCGGAUGGGCGUGCUGUCCCAGAUGGGUAUUUUCCCGAACGGGUUCACCAAGGCAGCAUCUAUUCUUAGCCAGAAGUAUUCGGGAGACAUUAAUAUCUUCCCAGAGAUCCUCUAUACACAUAUUCCACGCAUACUCAAGAAUCCCACGACCGAAUUCAUGUUGCAGGCAUGUCUGAGUGGCGAGAGAGCGACGUGGCCUAAGAUAGCUCGCAUUAGGAAUCAUGUUGCUAUCGAACUUGCUCUUGAUUCAGCAGUCCAGACAAUGCGGGCCCGGGUCGCCCUUAGUCCCGGACCAGUGGUAGCUUUGGGCGCCCCGACUUGGAGCCGAGAGAGGAGUCGCAAGCUACCCCGACGAAGAAGCUCUUAUAGCCAUGAGUCGGAUAGAUUGAAGGCCGGGAGAGCGACACCGAGUCGUCGCUCCAGUGUACCACUGAGAAAAGCUCGCAGUUCCAUGUCUAUAGAAUGUGUGCCGUUUGAACAGCCGCCUAGUCCGGUUGCCUUUCGCCAGCAGGUGAAGGGACCAGCUGAGAGAGGACAAAGUACCGACCAGUCCCAGCCCCCUGCCGAAUCGCAUUUCACUGUUGUCUCUGACAGUGAGGAUGAGACGGCGUUGUCUCCCGUCACACGACGGCCGCUUGCUGUGCAUAGUACUACCUGGACUCCUUCGUCGACUCGCCCUGGGUCGCCUCGUUCGAGCAGAGCGAGCCCUGUCAGGUCGCGUCGGCCGUCUGUGACCAAGGUGGUCGCACUGCCUGCAAGGCCGCAUGCCUUAUAG